AUGUCGGAACAAGGUGCCAACGACGCGACGCGAGCCAGCACCUUCACACGCACUCUGCACCGCACACCGGCAUCGGGCCUCUCACCGCACGCCAACACCCUCCCGCCAGGCCUCAACGUGCUCGUAAUCGGGGCGUCGCGCGGGAUUGGCGCUAGCAUGGCAUGCGCCUACGCCUGCGCCGGCGCCGCAACCCUGAUUCUCGCUGCGCGCAGCUCGUCGGGCGCCGCGCUCGCAGCCGUCGCCGAGCAAGUGCGUGCGGAAAGCCGGGAUGCGGGGACGACGACGACGACGGUGCUCACCGAAACGAUUGACAUCACGUCGAGCGAUAGCAUGGCGCAGCUCGCAGCGCGCGUGAAGCAAGCCACGCAGGGCAAACUCGAUAUUGUGGUUUUUAAUUCGGGAUAUUCGGGGCCGAUAGUAAAGAGGGUCGAGGAGGGGGAUCCCCGUGAUUUCCAUGCUGUUUUUGAUGUUAAUGUGCAGGGUACGUAUCUGGCAGCGCAUUAUUUUCUGCCGCUGUUGCGGGAGAGUAGUGGUGGUGGAGACAAAAACAGUGCUGUGGGAAAAACCUUCAUCGCCAUCAGCUCCUUCGCCGCAUGCAUGAUCGAGGGGGGACUCAACAAAGUAGCGUAUUGCGUGUCCAAGCUUGCGCAGGCGCGGCUAGUCGAGUAUAUAGCGGCGCAGUAUCGCGAUGCGGGCGUACUGGCUGUUGCCGUGCAUCCUGGGUCUGUGUUGACGGAGUUGUCGGGGCGGGUCUUUUCAAGCCCUCCCCUUGCUAAUGCGGCUGCAGAUCUCACAGAUGAUGUCAAGCUGUGCGGCGCCUUUUGUGUAUGGCUGAGUCGGGAGAAGCGCAUGUGGCUCAGUGGACGACUGCUGAGCGCCACGUGGGAUGUGGAUGAGCUGCUGGAAAAGAAAGACCAGAUCCAAGAGCAGGAUCUGCUGAAAUUCGGCUACAGAGUGGGUGGUGGCAAUGCCUGA